GCAAAAGAUUGUUAUCAUGGUGAGCAUGCCGUGCGGCAAGUGCAGGGCCAAAGCCAUGGAGCUCGCCGCGAGGACAACCGGUGUGAUCUCGGUAGCGAUAACUGGCGACUACGCGGACCGACUGGAGGUGAUCGGCGACGGCGUUGAUCUGGUCUGCCUCGUCAGCUGCCUGCGCAAGAAGGUUGGCCGGGCCGUGAUCCUGCAGGUGGAGCCUCAAGUCAAGGACAAGAAACGGGAGGAGGAGACGAAGCCCGCUGAGAAGAAAUCAGAGGAGAAGACGAAGCCCGCUGAGAAGUCGGAGGAGAAAACGCCGCAAGUGCCCGCACACCCGCUGCCGCAGUGUUACCCUGGUUGCUACCAUUGCCCGCCGGCGUCACAGACUAUGGUCGUCUACGACGAGCCUGCUGCUUGCUCGAUCAUGUGAUUUCUAGAAAAUAGUGGGAGUACUAUGUCCAGAAAGAGGCCAUCCCUUGUUGACACUUCCAAGUGGUUUUUGGUUGUGUCUUGUGUGCAUCGCAUGGAGAGACAAAAAUAGCGAUUCAUGCAUCUAUAUAUCAUUACUAGAAAUCACUACCCACAUACUGUCUAGACCGUGCAAUUCAGAAUUGUCUACAGUACCAAAAUGCUUAAGAACUAUACAUA